UUUUAAUGUAACUUUACUACUUCUGUAUCUACAUAUAAAAAUUUAUUAAAUGUAUAUUUUAUAUUAAAGUAUGAUUAUUUUUGUGAUUAAAAUAUGUGAAAACUCAAAACUACCUUCUUCGUGAAACAUUGAGAAACAUAUGCACUAUAAGAAUUCACUUGUGAAUACUCAAGACUUGUCUUGGAACAUGUCUAUCUCAAUAUUGACUUGUGCAUUUACUAUCUAAAUCAGAAGAAGCAUAUUUAAUAGAAAAAAUCUUUGAUUUUGUUAUAUAUGUGUUUAAUGACUAUAUUGUUUCUAAAUGAUGUUUUUCUCUUUUAAAGAAGUCACUACCUAAAAAAGCCAAUAUAGUUAGCCCAUUUAAAUUGUUAAUUUCAACAAAAUUCUACUCACAAUAUUAUUAUAAAAAUUAAUUAUCAUGUUUUCUCUCCUAAAAAAAUAAUUUCUUUGGCUUAAUAAAAAGUGGUUUAGUGCUAACCAUAUAGAAAACCAAAAUACCAUCAAGACUCUAGAAAUUGGAAGAUUGCAUGCCCAUGGUUUCAAGAGGGAGAGAGAGAGAGAUAGCUAUUUGUCUUAGACAGGAGAUUAUUUGAAAACAAUAGUAUUGAAGCAUAACAAAAACGGUAAGACUAUAAACUCGUCUGAUCAGUUUUGUCAUGACUUAAAAACCCAACUAGUUAUUUGUUUUUAAUGUUGUUUGUCUCAUCGGUUUAAGCUUUGUUUUACUUUUGAAAACAGGUAAUUGAAUUUAGUAUAAAAGUCCAAAGAUGUUUCUUAACCUUCUUUCCAUUCAAUAUAAAUAGUCAAAGGAUUGUACUAUCUGCUCAUCAAUCAAAACACAGACUCGAUAAAGACUCAUAUAUUUGGAGAAAUCUUUCUUCUUCUUUUUUUCUCGUCUCAUAAUGUCUAUUAAAUAUGUUUUUUUUUCUUUAUGGUGUUUGUCUGUGUUGUAGUCUCUGCCAAUGCUCAACUACCCCAGUUUCCCAUCCCAUUUCCUUUUCCACUCCCAUUCCAACCAAGUUUUGGUAUUCCUGGAUUACCUAAUGUGGCAAAAUGUUGGUCUUCAGUGAUGGAUAUUCCAGGAUGCAUUAUAGAGAUUUACACAUCCAUACUCCCAGAACAAUUCGGACAUGUAGGUCCUUCUUGUUGCAAAGCAUUUUUGGAAGCCGAAGCCAAUUGCUUACCGAAACUUCCAUUCAACCCACUUUUUCCACUCAAAUAACAAUGUUCAAGAAUUGCUAAAGCAGCUCCUCCUACCACAAAAUAGAGUUUUACAUUAAUAGAAGUAAUAGCUAUGUCGUUUUUAUUUUUCAAGGGAUUUUAACAUUUUAGCUAAAUUCUACGACGUUAUCCUUCAAAAAUACGAUUAUAUAAACAGCAUUUUAGAAAUAAAUAAAAUACGGCAUUUCCUUUUAUAUUAACCAUGCGGUUCGUGACUGUAAAGAUUCUAAACUAAUCUUACUUAUAAAACAUACUUAAA